AGUUAAGCCCGCGUCUCACUCUCCAACUUUGACUGCCUCGGGUCACAAACCCAAAACCCUCCCCCAAUUUGACCACCACCACCACCAUCCUCGCUUUGCUCCCCCUUUUGUUAAUCCUUUUACCCACCCUCUUUCUCCGUUAAAACCCCCAUCUUCUCAAAAGGGGAAAUCUCCGACUUUAUCCGCUACUUUUCCCUCUCUUACCCAUUUCAUCAAACAUCUUCCGUGCGCCUUCUUUCCUCUCUUUUUUGUUUUCUGUUUCACAAUGAGCGAGCCAAAGACGGAGACUUGCGACACCGCGGAAUCACUGGCUGCCUGCGGCAGCUUCCGGGAUCUCAGCCUCAGCAAUAGCAACAGCGUGAGCAUCAGCAUGUGCAGCAGCAGCUGCGGGACGGUGUCCGGGUCGGAUCACCAGAGCAUUGGGAGCAGCAAUUUGAGCAAUGUGAGUAAUGGGGGGAGUGAGCGGAAAGAGAGCAGCGAGAAAGGUGGGAGCUUGAGCACUGUGGACUCGUCGAAUGGGGAGGGUGGUAGUUUCAGGAGCUUGUGUCCUUCGAAGCCUCACAGAGGGAAUGAUGUUAGGUGGGAUGCGAUACAGAGCGUUACGGCGAAAGAUGGGGGGAAUGGGGUUUUGGGGUUGGCCCAUUUUAGGUUGUUGAGGAAGCUGGGGUGUGGGGAUAUUGGGAGUGUGUAUUUGGCUGAGCUGAGAGGGACAGGGUGCUUGUUUGCGAUGAAGGUGAUGGAUAAAGGGAUGUUGGCUGGGAGGAAGAAGCUGUUGAGGGCUCAGACUGAGAAGGAGAUUUUGGGGCUUUUGGAUCAUCCGUUUCUGCCUACCUUGUAUUCCCAUUUCGAGACCGACAAGUUUUCUUGUCUGUUGAUGGAGUUUUGCAGUGGUGGAGAUCUACACAUGCUCAGGCAGCGCCAGCCUGGCAAGCAUUUCACCGAGCAAGCAGCCAGGUUUUAUGCUUCGCAAGUGCUUCUUGCCCUGGAGUAUCUCCACAUGAUGGGAGUUGUGUACAGAGAUUUGAAGCCUGAAAAUGUACUCGUGAGAGAAGACGGUCAUAUCAUGCUCUCGGAUUUUGAUUUGUCGUUAAGAUGCUGUGUCAAUGCCACUCUGGUUCAGUCCAGUGCCGAUCCAUCCUGUCAAAUAUCUUCCUACUGCAUUCAGCCUUCGUGCAUAGAUCCAGCUUGUAAAUUGCCUGUCUGCGUGGAACCUGCUUGUUUGCAGCCGUCUUGCUUCAAGCCACGCUUCAUGAACCGCAGCUCCAAAACAUCUAAGAAGGUGAAGAGUGACAAAAAGCUCAACUUGGUAAGCUCAGAUUCUCUUCCUGUGCUUAUCGUGGAGCCAACUACAGCUCGGUCCAUGUCAUUCGUUGGAACCCACGAGUACUUGGCUCCUGAAAUCAUACGAGGGGAUGGCCACGGCAGUGCAGUGGAUUGGUGGACAUUUGGCAUCUUCUUGUAUGAGCUGCUAUAUGGAAAGACACCAUUCAAAGGGAAUGGGAACCGUGAAACACUGUGUAAUGUGGUAGGCCAGCCUCUGAAGUUUCCUGAAGGAUCAUCUGUAAGCUUUGCAGCCAAGGAUUUGAUCCGUGGUCUCCUCGUGAAGGAUCCUCCAAAGAGGUUAGGCUUCAAGAAAGGUGCUACAGAGAUAAAGCAGCACCCUUUCUUCGAGACCGUGAAUUGGGCUCUCAUUCGAAGCACUCAGCCACCAGAAGUCCCGAAACCAAUUGAUAUGUCGAUCUUGAAUCGAAGUCCUACCAAGCCAUCACAACCACCUACAGCAUGUAAUAAUAACAAGAAUAGCAAUGGUAAGGGAGCUAGUGCUGCUGAUUCUGACAGAAGUUCUGGUCCUUACUUAGAUUUUGAAUUCUUUUGAGACCAGUUUUGCUAAGGUUAGAUUAUUGUAAGAACCUAGGAUUUUGUUUCUUCCUCUUCUUUGCUCUUCUGUCAGGAGGGUUUUGAGAAAUCAAAUUACCUCUCGAGUCUUGCCUGUGUCUAAAUUCGUCUGCUUAAUGAAAGACCCUUCUCUUUUAUCUAUCUCACAAAGUGUUGGGGGCAGGCAGAAUGAGAUUGAGCAAUUGCAUUUGCAUUUGCAUUUGCAUUGAUAGACGUGGUAACUUUGGACCCCCACAUGAAACAUGCUUUUUGUGGGGUUCCCAAAUUCCUGACAUAAGACAGACAAAAAGUAUCACCAUCUUUUGUCAUUAUCGUUAGCCUCGUCAGAAUUCUUGUUCAUCAGAGAGGGCUUGUUAAAACCAGAUCCAUCAACCUUUGGUAUUAUUCAAAAAAAAAAAAAAAAAAAGAACCUUUGGUGACAAAACCUUUUUCUUUCCUUUCAAAUACCGCACAGAAGAAGAGUCACCAGUCUUGUUAAAAGCAUGUGUGGACAGCUUUUGUUUUCCUUUCUCGGUAUCCUGUUGCUUCGAAGAUUUUAAUAAAAAAAAAAAAAAAAAAUUGACACAGAGUAGGAUCUUUCAUUCAUUUCCAGUUACAGAUACAAAAUCAAAGGUCGGUCUCAUCAGACAUGGGUUCAAGAAUAGUGAGCCAUUCAUGAGGGAGCAUGGAAUGAUUCUGAGACUGAGCCACCCAAUCUGCACGAUAAUUAUGGCUACGAGGAAUCCAAAGAAGUUCAACUAAUGUCGUCGAGUCGAAGAUCUUAUGCAUAACUACCAUCAUCGAGAAGCAUCGCUGCGGCCAAGCCUCAGGACCUUGGGACAGCACAUUAACGAGCACCUCACAUUCAGAUCGAAUCCUACAUGGCAUGCUAGAUUGACCCCGAGAAUGAUCAAUCACGGUGUAUCUUCAAAUUCAGUAUACUUUGCGGUGAACAAGGAUGACGAUGGGGCCCUCUAAAUUGACCCCGAGAACUCGAAACAAGGACUCUUCUAACACUUUGGAAACUCUUCCCAAAUGACAAGUCUACAAAUAUCGUCUUUCAUUCAACCGUAAUUCUUCGGACUUCAGAACUAGGGUACUUAAUGCGAUGUCUGCUCAGAGUUCCUAGUUCCUUGCUUCCUUUUGAGAGAGGGCAUUAGAUUGGAAAUAAACAACAGGUACGCACUAGCAGCAUCACAUUCUAGUGACAUGGCAGUCAACAUGAAGAUGCCAAAUCAGUUAACCUUUGAUCCUCAUUUUGUAAUUUAUUAACCAAAUUUUUCAACUUUGAUACAAUAUUAGUCAACCCUGAGAAAAAAACGAAAUCUCAGCCAACUCUCAAGUUCUCGUUAACACUUAUGUUAGCCUAUGACAAGCUGAAAAACAUGGUGCUGAACUGCCGAGUUGGAAGAGUUUUCAUGAGUCAUGACAUUACGGUCAAUAAGAAAUUGUCAUCUCAGUCAACUUUUUGUCUAUUAUUAUGUGAUAAUAACACAAAAUUAUAUUUGAAACAAAUGAACUCCAAAAAUAUAAUGCAUUUUCUUAAUGUAACUUUGAUGUUGCAAGUGAAGUGGAGCUUGAACUUAUGAGUGUUUGUAGCUUGAACUUAACAUUGUAGAGCUAGAUCCUCUGUUUCUUGUUGAUAUGUUUACCCAUAGUACCUUGAUGGACAAUUUCACUAGAAUGCCGCCUAAUACAGAAUCAACUUGGAA